UGAGACGGUUUGAAGCGGUGGGUAUUGAUUGUAAACGACACGGACAAUAAGCACACUUCUAUGGCUGUCUCAACAGCGAAGGAUGGCCCGUGCCAAGCCGAGUCGAUUCAGAACUUACCGUUGCCGCCUCCAACGUACACCAUUCGAGAUCCCGAAGGACGAACGAUUGUGUUGGGGAUUGAAGGAUCAGCCAACAAAGUUGGAGUGGGAGUCUUACAGUAUUCUCCGUCAACGCAAAGCUACACAAUUUUGUCUAAUCCACGCAAAACGUAUGUUGCACCGACCGGUCAUGGGUUUCUACCCAAGGAAACGGCCUGGCAUCAUCAAGCCCACGUUGUAGCGCUGGUACGCGCGGCGUUAAACGAGGCAUUUCCUGGGGAACAGAGUCCCGAACUACGAAUAUCUGCUGUUUGCUUUACAAAAGGCCCUGGUAUGGGCGCACCACUGCAAAGCUGUGCCAUUGCUGCGCGCUGCUUGGCCUUACUUUGGGACGUCCCGUUGGUUGGUGUCAAUCACUGUGUGGGACACAUUGAAAUGGGACGAAUUGCUUGUGGUACUAGCAAUCCCGUUGUGUUGUACGUAUCGGGAGGAAACACACAAGUGAUUGCAUACAGUGAUCAGCGCUACCGAAUUUUUGGAGAAACAAUUGACAUUGCGAUUGGCAACUGCCUAGAUCGAUUCGCUCGAACUGUUGGUCUUUCGAAUGAUCCAUCGCCAGGAUAUAAUAUUGAACAAGAAGCCAAAGCCACAGAUGCCAGUUUUAUUGAUCUUCCCUACACCGUUAAAGGGAUGGAUGUGAGCUUCUCUGGUAUCUUAACGCAUGUGGAACAAGUUGCAAAAACGAAACUAAAGGCCGGAGAGGUCACCGUUGCCGAUAUGUGCUAUUCGCUGCAAGAGACGCUCUUUGCAAUGUUGGUAGAGAUAACUGAAAGGGCAAUGGCACACACGGGACAAAAUGAAGUGCUUAUUGUCGGCGGAGUAGGUUGUAACUUGCGACUGCAAGAUAUGAUGGCUACCAUGGUUUCUGAACGAGGAGGCAGUCUCUGCGCCAUGGACCAUCGAUAUUGUAUCGACAAUGGUGCUAUGAUUGCACAAGCUGGCAUAUUUUCUUUGCAAUACGGGGAAAAAACUUCAUUGGAAGACAGUUGGUGCACUCAAAGAUUUAGAACGGAUCAAGUGAAAACGCUUUGGCGGGCUCCGAGAAAAUGGCAACACACUUAACGAGAAAAAAACUUACUAGCUACCGUCACGCAAAAGAAUGAUUAUGAAGUAUACAGACUUCGAGAUCGACCUUCUUCGACAUCCGAACGCUGGCUAUCACUAUUCGUGGUAUAACCAGCGGAGUGACCGGAGCUAGCGUUUCUUGCGCUUCCAGGAUCGUGUUGAGGAGGCCUAGUAGCUGUACCAGGUUCACUAAUGGGAGUUAGCAUGCGAAUCAAACCCACAACUGGACGGCCUGUCGGACCGAGUGGGAUCCUGGGAGUGCUAUUGUGACCAUUGGUCGACUCGGUCUCUUCCGUGAAGCCUUCAAGCGUCGACGGAAUAUCGCUUCGACAAACGGGGCACGUUCGUGCCUGGCGAAGCCAUUGACGACAGCAUGAUUUGUGAAAAACAUGCUUACAGGCGGUCUCGACCACUUCGUCAUGGUAAUCGAAGUUCUCCAUACAGAUGCAGCACUCGCCUGGAAAACCGCCUGGGUAGUCAUCCAUUCUUAUUGCCUUGAGGCGAUCGACACAUCCAGGUGGAGCCCCAGUAGAGCUAUAGGCAGCGGGGAAGACAGGGUGGGAUGCACCAUGGUCGUCUGGACGUUGCGACGAAGAUGGAUUGUAGCCAUUGCAAGUCAACAUUGCUGCAACGACGCAAAAUGGAAGAAGAUAUCCACACACGAUGGUUCCCCAAGCAGCAAUUGACAGAGAAACAAAGGCAGUGCUUGAGUUGAACAGUUCUGGUGCAGUUCGAUUGCAACUUGUCUCGUCCACGUAUACGCUGAGGACUCCGAGUCGAAGCACCAGCAACGCGUAUGUUAGAUACGCAAUAUUGUAAAGGAUAACCCUGCAAGGAAUUCUUUGAUUGGAAUUUGAAUCCCAGUGAAAGACAAACCUCAUGAUGUCUGUUCGGAAAACAUCCAAAACCAGCUGGAGGGUUACGAGCCAGAAAUAAGCUUUCAACGGUACAUCACAUGUCUUGUCAAUAGAUACAACAUAGGAACUCGUCAAUACAACCCAGCAAAUCAAAAUGGAAAAAAGAAGUAGGCUGAAUAUGAGGGCAACGAAGGUAAUAACAAAUUGAAAACGUCGAUUGAUCUGUAUCCAUCGAACGCGAGCGCGCCGAUCUGAAUCAUUGGCCAAUUCGGAAUGCGUAGACAUGGGUGAGUUUGAGAGUCGUGUUGUAUGGGAUCUCCGGCAGGCUCUUCAAGGGUUCUGACUGUGCUUAACUCGAUCCCUCCGUCGGUAAAAGAUCUCGGCCUAGACGGCCAGUCUGGGCCAUCGGUAUCCAACGACACCAUAUGAUUUACCGAUUGAUUACUGCUCGACCUUUGCGAUGAUAAAUCAGUGCUUGUGUUCAACGCAGCUGCUGCCGACGAAGACAAUUGCACACGAGGGCUAUUUGGAAUAGACGAUGACUCGCUCUCCGCUCGCCUCCUUGAUCCUCUUCUCUGUCGUACUUGCCUCUGUCGAGAGUUACUGUUUCGUUGAAAUGCAAAGAAGCGAACUCCGGAGACGUCGGGUUCUGAAAAUGCACGUUGUCGUCCGUGUUCUUCCUCGUCGCUUUCCGCUUCUUCAACAAUAGUAGGUUGCGAAAACGUGCUCGACCGAGAAUACAUCGAAAAGAAAUUAAAGCUCUCUUCAUUGCCUCCCACGUCCCCGUUGAACUCUUCCACCGAGGUGCCAUCUGAGGUGACACCUUGCUGCCAGCUAACGGUACGGCUAGAAGCAUCCUCUCCUCUGAACGAUAUCCUGGGAACGCUUCCAGAUGCCUCAGACGACGAGCGUUCGGGACGUGAUCUUAUCCAUCGCCGUACGGCCACCAUACCAGCAUCCAGUGAUGCUAGUAUCCCUACCUGUGCACUAGCAUUCUCGUUUGGAUGGCUAUUCGCUUGCUGCAGUGACAUCGUCGCUGCUGUGCUGCCCCUGCUAGUUUGUGGCCUCCGCAAUGCCGCAUUAGAGGGGGAAGCGGGUAAAGCGCUAGAUGAUGGCCCAACAAGGGUUUCACUGGUACGUCUUCGUCUACGAUUUGACUGUCUCCGGCGAGACUGUUGCGCUCGCAGCGUACUCGGAGUAGGCGGCGCAAGAUCGACGUUGACUGAUCGCGUAGCCUCAGACAGGCUUGUUGCUGACUCUCGCUUCAUAGAUGCUCCCAAAAUAUCCUCUUCGGGAGAAUGAUAUUCAUCAGAAUCCUCCCCAAGUAAAUCAAACGACAAGUCCAUUGUACAGUUGCGUUGGUCUGCGCUAUUGGUGGAUGCUGCCCUAGUAGGCGAAUCCAAUGGAUGCAAAUGAACGUAUCUUGAAGGCAUUUCCAGCAACGGCGAAUGUUCGUUUAUGCCGCUUUGACUCGUUGUCGUAGAACAAACCGUUUGACUAUUGAAAGUAGAUGGAUUCCCUUGAGCGGUGCCAUCCAGUGGAGGGUGUGCUUCUGCCAAAGGUGCGUGAUUCCCAGGGAUUCUGGCUGUGGUUUCGGAUUGCGUUUCUCCGGAGCUCACCAUUCUCAUUUAGUGUGUUUGUUUUGCGAGUUCCACCUCGGGUGCAGCAUCCAACUGUUUGUUAGACGACCUUGUGCGAGAGAGGCGUCUUUCGGGCACUCGCCCAGAA